GGUCAUACCGGACACUCACCAACUCUCUCUUCCUACAAAUUAAGGAACUAAGAGAGCUAAGCAAUAAGAAAAAGAGUGGGGAAGAGAGUUGGACACAGAAAGGAUGGCAGGAGAGAAGCCACAAGAAAUAGAGAAACUAGAGAAUGGCACAGCACCGGAGCCAGAAAUCAAGUAUAGCGGAUGGAAAGCCAUGCCAUAUGUCAUAGGGAAUGAGACAUUCGAGAAGUUGGGGACCAUCGGCACGUCGGCGAACCUGUUGGUCUACCUCACCACCGUCUUCCACUUGAACAGUGUUGCUGCGGCCACCCUCCUCAAUGUUUUCAAUGGGACUACCAACUUGACUCCCCUUCUUGGGGCCUUUCUCUCGGACACCUAUUUGGGCCGCUACGUUACCUUGGGAUUUGCUUCUGUUUCUUCACUAUUGGGCAUGUUUGUGCUCACUCUUACUGCUGCAAUCUCCAAGCUGCACCCUCCACAGUGUGACAAAAGCCAAAAAUGUGUAGGCCCAUCAUCAGGGCAGCUUGCGGUCCUCUUCUGCAGCUUUCUUCUGUUAAUCAUUGGAGCAGGAGGCAUUCGGCCAUGCAACCUAGCCUUUGGUGCAGACCAAUUCAACCCUUAUACGGAGUCUGGAAGGAAGGGUAUCAAUAGCUUCUUCAAUUGGUACUAUUUCACCUUUACAACGGCCAUGAUGAUCUCCUCCACCAUCAUCAUCUAUAUACAAAGCAACAUCAGCUGGGCUCUGGGUCUUGCCAUUCCCACCUUCCUCAUGUUCUUCUCCUGCGCUUUCUUCUUUCUUGGGACCAGACUCUAUGUGAAAGUGAAGCCCGAGGGGAGUCCCUUCACCGACAUUGCCCAGGUCUUGGCAGUGGCAGUUAAAAAACGAGGGCUAAAGCAACCUGAUGAUCCAAAGACAUCUCUCUUCAAUCCUCCACAUCUUAGUUCUCUUGUCACCAAGCUUCCAUACAGUGACCAAUUCAAAUUUCUUGACAAGGCUGCGAUCAUUACUCCUGUUGAUGAAAUCAAACCAGAUGGCCAUGCUGCAAAUCCAUGGAGACUAUGUAGUCUCCAACAAGUUGAGCAGGUAAAAUGUCUGGUAAGAAUCAUUCCUAUAUGGGCUACAGGCAUCAUCCUCCAUAUUUCAAUUAUCCAAGAAACGACUUUCAUCGUCUUUCAAGCCCUUCAAGCUGAUAGACAUUUUGGAAAGAGCAAAUUUGAGAUACCAGCUGCUUCUUUCAAUGUAUUCGCCAUGUUAGCCUUAACAAUUUGGAUACCUAUUUAUGAUCGCAUUGUACUCCCAUGGCUUCGAAGAAUUACUGGUAAAGAAGGUGGAUUUACGUUACUCCAGAGGAUGGGAAUUGGAAUUUUUCUAUCAAUAGUCGCCAUGGUUGUCUCUGGAUUGGUCGAAGAGCGAAGGAGGAGUUACGCCAUUCACCGGCCAACCCUUGGGGUGGUGUCGAGUAGUGGUGCGAUAUCGUCGUUGUCUAGCUUCUGGUUGGUACCUCAGUUAGUGAUUUUGGGCUUCGCUGAGGCUUUUAAUGUUAUCGGUCAGGUUGAAUUUUACUACAAACAAUUUCCAGAAAAUAUGAGAAGUAUCGCUGGGGGUUUGCUCUUCUGUGGGCUAGCAUGUGCUAAUUACUUGAGUGGUUUCAUGGUGACGAUUGUUCAUCGAACUACUGGUCACAAUGGGAGAGAUAAUUGGUUAGCUAGUGACCUAAACAAGGCAAGAUUGGACUAUUUCUAUUACCUGAUUGCUUUAAUCGGAGUUAUUGACUUAAUGGUUUUUAUUGUUUUGGCCAGAUGGUAUAGAUACAAAGGUUUAGAAGAUCGUUCUGAAACUGCCAUGGAGAAAACCAAAUCAGAACAUUCUCCUAUUUAAACUAGCACUUGAUAAUGAGAUAUAGAUUUUUCUUGAUGUAUGGUAUUUUAGUUGUCACUAUAUGGAAAACAAAAUAUAAAUGAAAUGGAUGAUAUUUUCUCGUAAA